AUGACGCAAAGAAAAGUCGUCAGGGUCACCAAUAAAGGCGACCAAGAAGCUUUAAAAUUACAUCAAGAUACUCUGCCUAGUCCAGAGUCGUACGAAGUCCUGGUUCGGAUAAAAGCCGCUUCGCUCAACUAUCGCGAUAUUGCCUUGCUCGAAGGCAAUUACCCCGCAUCAACCAAGCCAAAUGUCGUUCCUCUGUCGGAUGGUGCUGGUGAGGUAGUUGCGGUGGGAAAAGAUGUUGCGCGAGUUAAAGUUGGCGAUCGUGUCGCUGUCAGUUGCACUAUGCACUGGGUCGGGGGGCCGUAUAUGUCGGAGUACCAGGCACAAAGCGUCGGCUUCCGUAUCGAUGGGAUGUUGGCUGAAUAUGGACUCUUCCACGAAAAUGCGCUUGUCCACCUUCCAGCAUACCUGUCCUACAUUGAGGCUGCCUCCCUGCCUUGUGCUGCCGUUACGGCUUGGACUUCGCUCAAUAUGGCCACUCCCCUCCAGCCUGGACAGACCAUUUUGAUUCAAGGCACCGGUGGCGUCUCGCUGUUCGCGCUGCAAUUCGCAAAGAUCGUUGGCGCACGUGUCUUUGCCAUCACGUCGUCCGAUGAAAAGGCCGAGACGCUGAGAAAAUUAGGCGCCGAGUCUGUAGUCAACUACAGUACUCACCCCGAGUGGGACCGAGAGAUUCUCGCACUCGCUGACGGCAAGGGUGUUGACAAAGUCCUGGAUAUCGCAGGAGAGAAGACGAUCGUUAAAUCAGCCGCAUCAACCAGAAUUGGCGGCGUGAUUAGUCUGAUCGGCUUCGCUAGCGGUUUUGGCGGCGGCCUCCCUCCGAUUGACAUUCUUAGUCGAAGCCUCACUGUAAUGGGGUCAACUAUUGGUUCCCGUACGAACUUCGAGGAUAUGCUCAGAGCAAUGGCAGUACAUCAUGUGCGGCCGAUUAUCGAUCGAGUGUAUCCGUUUGCGGAAUAUAACGAGGGUUAUAAGCGGAUCAAGAGCGGGAAUCACAUAGGCAAGGUCGUGAUCGAUUUAGCAUAA